CCCGAGCGCGGGCUGCGCCGCCCGAGACGCUGGGCUGGAGAAGCACUAGCCGUUCGCUCCCGGGCCGGCUCCUCCAGGCGCUCGCAGGCAUGCAGCCUGGGAGCAGGCGGCGUGCCCCGGGCCGCUGCUGAGCCGGCCGGGGUGGCGGGACGAGCGUUUGCCGAGCCCCUCCCACCUUGCCCCGGGGCCGACCAGAGGCGCCCCGGCACCCCCUCUUCGCCCGCAGCCCCGCCAGCGCCACCCCCCGCGGGCCGCAGGGUCUCAUGCAGCCGCCAAGGGAGAGGCUAGUGGUAACAGGCCGAGCUGGAUGGAUGGGUAUGGGGAGAGGGGCAGGACGUUCAGCCCUGGGAUUCUGGCCGACCCUCGCCUUCCUUCUCUGCAGCUUCCCCGCAGCCACCUCCCCGUGCAAGAUCCUCAAGUGCAACUCUGAGUUCUGGAGCGCCACGGCAGGCAGCCACUCCCCGGCCGCCGACGACGCGCCCGAGUUCUGCGCCGCCCUGCGCACCUACGCUCUGUGCACGCGGCGCACGGCCCGCACCUGCCGGGGCGACCUGGCCUACCACUCGGCCGUCCAUGGCAUCGAGGACCUCAUGAGCCAGCACAACUGCUCCAAGGAUGGCCCCACGUCGCAGCCGCGCCUGCGCACGCUCCCGCCGCCGGGGGACAGCCAGGAGCGCUCCGACAGCCCCGAGAUCUGCCACUACGAGAGGAGCUUCCACAAGCACGCGGCCACCCCCAACUACACGCACUGCGGCCUCUUUGGGGACCCGCACCUCAGGACUUUCACAGACCGCUUCCAGACCUGCAAGGUGCAGGGCGCCUGGCCGCUCAUCGACAAUAAUUACCUGAACGUGCAGGUCACCAACACCCCUGUGCUGCCCGGCUCAGCCGCAACCGCCACCAGCAAGCUCACCAUCAUCUUCAAGAACUUCCAGGAGUGUGUGGACCAGAAGGUGUACCAGGCCGAGAUGGACGAGCUCCCGGCCGCCUUCGCCGAUGGCUCCAAGAACGGGGGGGACAAGCACGGGGCCAACAGCCUGAAGAUCACGGAGAAGGUGUCCGGCCAGCACGUGGAGAUCCAGGCCAAGUACAUUGGCACCACCAUCGUGGUGCGCCAGGUGGGCCGCUACCUGACUUUCGCGGUCCGCAUGCCCGAGGAGGUGGUCAACGCUGUGGAGGACCGGGACAGCCAGGGCCUCUACCUCUGCCUGCGGGGCUGCCCCCUCAACCAGCAGAUUGACUUCCAGGCCUUCCACGCCAACGCCGAAGGCCCCGGCACCCGCAGGCCCGCGGCUGCCAGCCCCGCGCCCGCGGCCCCCGACACCUUCCCGUACGAGACGGCCGCGGCCAAGUGUAAGGAGAAGCUGCCCGUGGAGGACCUCUACUACCAGGCCUGCGUCUUCGACCUGCUCACCACGGGGGACGUGAACUUCACGCUGGCCGCCUACUACGCCCUGGAGGACGUGAAGAUGCUCCACUCCAACAAGGACAGACUGCAUCUCUACGAGAGGACUCGGGAGCCGCCGGGCCGCGCGGCCGCCGCAGGGCUGUCCCCCGCCCCCUGGCCCCUCCUGGGCAGCCUCCUGCUCCUCACCCUGCUCCCUGGGCUCCUGGAGGCCAUGGCCGCAUAGGGCGCAGAGCAAGGCGCUGCCUGUCCCCGAGCCGGCCAGUGGCCACAGAAGGGCUAGCGGCUGCCCCGUGGCCCCGGGGUCUCUGCAGGGGUCACAGCAGAGGCAGCCGCUGGCCGGCGGGCUGUGGGACAGUUACCUCAGAGCAGCCUUGGGCUGUCCGCUGGCAAGGGCGGGGGGCGUGGGGUGGACCCCCGCCCUCUCUAGGGCCCGUGACACGGUUGUGGUGACUGGUGCUGUGAUGUUUGUGACAGUAGAGCUGUGUGAGAGGGAGAGCUGCUCCCCUCCGCCUGCCCCACAGUGUGAAUGUGCAAAACAGAGCCCCUCAGGCUGAAGCCCCCCACCCCACCAGAGACACUGGGAAAGGCCAAGAGUCGAGCUCCUCCCACCCCCUUGCAAUGCACUGAACAGGCCCGGCUGACUGCUGCACGCGCCUUCGUGGGGCCACCUGUGCCCGCCGCACGCACACACUCUUAGACGAGCACACUCGCACAUACUAAGCCGGUGGGGCCGAGGCAUCCGCGAGGCUGGACCCCCAGGCAGGGCCUCCUUUUCCUUUGGGCCUUAGGACACCCCUGGAGUGCUGCUCAGCAUCUUUAGCAAAUUGAUGUACCCCUUUGGCCAAAAGGUUGUGCCCUCCUGGUGCCUUCCUGCCUGUGGCCUCCCCGUGAGCCGUGGGGAGACCGUGUAUACCCUGGCUGCUGUGGGCAUGGGUUCUGGCCCCGGUCACCAGGCCCCUGCCUCUGGAGCCCCACAGCUGGGGGAUGAUACAUGUUGGCACGUGCUCUGAGAGACGCCACUCGUGGGCUCGGAUGCCCUUCUCUGGCCCCUCCCCCAGGCCCCCCAUUCCCCACUGUGCUUAGGAAGUCAAGUGCUUGUUUCUAAAUGUCUAAACAGAGAACUACCCUUUGAUUUCUGUUUCUUUCUCUGCGUCAGAUGACAAGAGCCCCUGGGCAGGGGAGCUUGGGCCACAGGGCGUGGGCAGGAGACCCAGGGGAUAGGGCCAGCUGGCCUGCCCUGAUCCUCUGCUUUCUCCUCACCUGCCCCCCAAGCUCCACUCCCUGCCCCGUCCACCCAGGUCUGCAUUCUGGGGAGAGGAUCAGGGUCUAGAAGGCCUCCCAGCCCUGAGCAUCCCUGGCAGAGUCUCUUCCGUCCAGUCCCUUCCCUGAAGCCCUGUGGCCCCAAAGCCAGGAGAGACUUGCUGCCGGGAGCCCUGGCUCCCACCUCACGUCAGCCCGGGCUGCCCACAUGUCUAAGGAGCCCUGAACCAGUCCCGCCUCUGCUGCUGUUCAGAGAACCCCAGGGACCAACGCUGGGCUGGGCUCUGCUCCAAAGGUACGGCCGGGCCCCAGAGGGCGACUGUCCCAGAAGCCCCACAGCCCCACAGUGUCCCCACCCACCCGUUGGCACCCGCGGCAGCCCCUCUGCUGUUCCCCAGGGACCUCUCAUACACUGGCCCAGGAGGCUGUGGACAUGUCCCCGCCUCCCCCUCCAAGAGGUCCCCUCUCUCUGCCAAACCCGGGCGGGCGGGGCAAGGCCCCUGCUGGUUUCGAUGGUCCCUAUGUUGGAAGUAAAAAGUGAAGCACUUUAUUUUGGUUGUGUUUGACCGCGUUCUGCUUGGAAGUGGGGACCCCUCACUGCGUCCUUGUGUCUGCGACCUGUGUGGAGUGUCACUGCGUGUACAUACUGUAAAUUAUUUAUUAAUGGCUAAAUGCAAGUAAAGUUUGGGUUUUUUUUCUUUUGUUAUUUUCUUUUGGACUGUG